UUGCUCUUACUUUUUACACUUGAUGCCAUUUGGGUCUCUGAAAUAUAUGCUCGUCAUUUUGUGUGGUUGCCUCCUGACCUCUAUAGCUAGCUUCCUUCCUGACUCCGUUUAUAUUUUAGUGCUAUUUUUUUAACUUUGCCGUUUUUGAUACCAAUCGUCAUCUUCGUCACCGCUUCUGCAACCUUCUUCUGUCUUAUCUGCUUAUGGCAGAAUCAUCAGCCGUUUUAUUAUAAUCUUUAUGAUUAAAAAUUACCCAUACUUGAAGAUCCUAAAUGUGCUCUUUUUUCAGUAAGACUUACUUUUUGAGAACCUGGGUUUUCUUUCUGUUUUUGUAAUGGGUACUGCUUGUGCCCGCUACCCUUAUGGAAUCACUGCACAUUCCUGCAGAAAAUCUGGUCGAAAAUUGGAUAAUUUAAGCUCUUAUUUUCCUAAUACAAUUGGGUUUUCAAGAACUUACCUCUACCAAACUUCUGCAUCCACCUCUAUUUAUAAGGGAUUUGUUAGUCAAAUAUAUUCAGUACCUGAUCUUGAUGAUAUCUUUUGGGAGAAAGUUCCUACACCCAUACUUGAUGUGGUUGACAACCCUCUCCAUUUGAAGAAUUUGUCUACUCAGGAGUUGAAAGAGCUGGCGGAUGAAAUACGAGAAGAGUUGUCGUCUAUAAUGUCGAGGACUCAAAAGUCCUUUAAAGCUAGUUUAGCUGUGGUGGAAUUGACAAUUGCCCUGCACCAUGUUUUUCAUGCUCCAGUUGACAAAAUACUUUGGGAUGUUGGCGAACAGACAUAUGCACACAAAAUUCUCACAGGAAGACGUUCCCUUAUGCAUACUCUGAGACAAAGGAAUGGUCUUUCUGGUUUUACGUCUCGGUCUGAAAGUGAAUAUGAUCCAUUUGGAGCUGGGCACGGAUGCAAUAGUGUUUCCGCUGGGCUUGGCAUGGCAGUUGCCCGUGAUAUAAAAGGAAAACGGGACCGUAUCGUAACAAUCAUCAGCAAUGGGACAACUAUGGCUGGUCAGGUCUAUGAAGCAAUGAGUAAUGCAGGCUAUUUGGACUCAAAUAUGAUAAUCAUUUUAAAUGACAGCCAUCACUCUUUGCACCCAAAGAUUGAAGAAGGCCCCAAGACUUCAAUAAAUGCUCUAUCUAGUACUCUGAGUAAGCUCCAGUCAAGUAAAUCAUUCCGGAAGUUUAGAGAAGCUGCAAAGGGCGUUACCAAGAGGAUUGGUAUGGGUAUGCACGAAUUAGCAGCCAAAGUGGAUGAGUAUGCACGUGGUAUGAUAGGUCCUCUAGGAUCAACUCUAUUUGAAGAACUUGGUUUGUAUUACAUAGGCCCUGUUGAUGGACACAACAUUGAAGACCUGGUUUGCGUUCUACAAGAAGUGGCAUCUCUAGAUUCGAUGGGUCCUGUAUUGGUGCAUGUAAUAACGGAAGAAAAUCAAGGAACAAAAUAUAAGCCAAAAAUUGAUGCAUUAGUGAGCCUACAGGAAGGUUUAUGCAACUCCGAUUCAUUUUUGUAUAAUAUUCACACUCGAACAUAUAGUGAUUGCUUCGUAGAGGCUUUGAUUAUGGAGGCAGAGAAGGACAAAGAUAUUGUAAUUGUUCAUGCUGGAAUGGACAUGGAAACAUCAUUUCAACAAAUUCAGGAAAGAUUUCCAGACAGAUUUUUUGAUGUGGGAAUGGCUGAGCAGCAUGCUGUAACUUUUUCUGCUGGUCUAUCCUGUGGAGGACUGAAGCCAUUUUGCAUAAUUCCUUCUACCUUUCUACAAAGAGCAUAUGACCAGGUAGUCCAUGAUGUGGAUCAGCAGAAGAUUCCAGUUCGUUUUGUCAUUCCAAGUGCUGGAUUAGUUGGGUCUGACGGUCCUAUGCAGUGUGGUUCUUUUGACAUAACAUUCAUGUCUUGUUUACCAAACAUGAUUGUUAUGGCACCAUCUGAUGAGGAGGAACUCGUGGAUAUGAUUGCUACUGCAGUUCACAUUGACGAUCGUCCAGUCUGCUUUCGUUAUCCAAGGGGUGUCAUUGUUGGGACAGGCCAUUUUACGCACACAGGAAUUCCAAUUGAGAUUGGAAAGGGAAAAGUUCUUAUAGAGGGGAAAGAUGUUGUUUUGCUUGGUUAUGGGUCAAUGGUUCAGAACUGUCUCAAAGCUCGACACCUUCUUUCAAAGCUUGGCAUUGAGGUAACGGUUGCCAAUGCAAGAUUCUGCAAACCACUCGACAUGAAGCUUCUGAGAGAGCUGUGCGAAAACCAUGCAUUUAUAGUCACAGUUGAGGAAGGCUCAGUUGGAGGAUUUGGAUCUCAUGUUUCACAAUUCCUUUCUCUUGAUGGGCAGCUAGAUGGUAAAGUGAAGUGGCGACCAAUCAUGUUACCAGACCGGUAUAUCGAGCACGCACUCCCAAAGGAACAGCUUAAUAUGGCUGGGCUCACUGGACAUCACAUUGCUGCAACCGUACUAAGACUGCUGGGUCGGACCCGUGAAGCUCUCCUUCUAAUGUGUUAGAACUCUAUAUAACUAUUUUAUUGCAAAAGAGUUAUCAGAUUGAAGGUGAGUCAGGCAAACAGAGAUGAAAGCUUAAGAAGUUGGUGUGUUUAGAGUUAGUUUGUGAUGGAUACUUUUGUAGGUUGUAUAAAUCAAUAUUAAUUAAGAUGACAAAUGAGGUUUGUAAUAAUUGUAUAGAACUGCGAAAGUAGAAGAUUGCAUGGUUGAUCUCAUUUUUCUGCAUGAAUACAAACCAAGGCAGAACCCUA